AUGAGUCUUCACUCUGGUAAUUUAAAAUGUCCACCUUCAUCCUUUCUUUGUUGGCAAUUUUACCUGAAAGACACUCAAUUAUAUCACAAAAAUGAGACUGCUUUUCUCGAGAAGGACGGAGCUCUUGUCUUUAAAUCCUCUGGCAACUCUCCUUUGACCGGUUUUAAGACUAAGCAAGUUACCCCCAUUGGCUACGAAUUCCGAUACAACAACAGUUUUCCUGUCGCAUGUCAUGUUCCCAACACCGAUGAAGUUUAUCAAAUCUACUAUGGCAAGGGUAAUAACACCAAUGACUGCGUUGGAGUCGUUACCGAGCUUGUUAUUCCUUAA